AUGCCACCAUUGAUUCUACGAGUGAAAGGAGGCGAGGACAAGUUCUAUUCGCCAUUGGAGAACUUUCAUUCAGAGGACGAUGUCUUUUUGGCCUGGCGAGUCAGCAACAAAGUCAGGGAUGUCCUUGAAAACGGAUCGCGAAUGGAAAACAUGGCCUGGCGUCUUUGGUAUCGUCACCAGCUGAAGAACAAAACUAAAGCCGAGGCAGCAGCAGCAGCAGCAGCAGCAGCGAAAGCGAAAGCGGAUGCAGCAGCUAUGAACUUUGUCAGCCUACAGCAACAGCAGCAGCAGCAGCACCAACAAUACAGUAACAAUCUCUUUCAUGAUCAUCAUUGGUUUCAACAGCAGCAGCAGCAGCAACAAAAUAAGCCCAAUGAGCACGUGAAACAUGAUCCAAUGGAUACGAGUGGCUAUGGAGAUCCAUUUGGAAUGAAUCAUUUUACAACAACUCAAGACUUUUCCCACUUGUUCAACUCGUUACAAGAUCAAAGUUUCAAGGCUGGAUUGCCACAGGAUGGUACACCUUGGCCAUUAGCAACAAGCGAAUAUGAUUUACAACGAGACAUCAAUUUUCCCAAUCCUGUUUCAUCUCCAACGUCGUUUCAGCAUAAUCAAGAUCAUUUGGAUAAUGCAUUAGCAAAUCGUAUGGCAGCUUUUUCUAUGCAGAACAACAUGUCAAUGCCGCCAAGUCCAACGACACAUAUGACACCCAUGUCCAUGCAUAAUCGUCCUAUCUUACAUUCAUCCUCCUCCGAUUCAGCAAGUGCCGGCGGUAGUAAUAAUCCGACAGCAGCUUACAUGUCAGUCGAACCAACAUCGUCCUCCUCAUCCAAUAGUAUCAUGGGUGGUGGUAAUGUGUUUGGUGGUCCUCAAGAUCAACAACAACAACAACAACCUCACCGCCAUCAUCAUCAUCAUCACAAUCAUCCUCCAAGAGGACGUGUACGACAACACAUCACUUUGGAAAUGGAACAAGAUCCUGCUACACCAUCAUCUUCUAUAGGCCAUACUGAUCCCAAUCAUCACAUGUUCCAUGCUGAUUUAUUAUCGCAAGGGAAUGCUCCUGGAGACGUUUUACCAGUCCCCGAGAUUUUGAAUUUGUUGGAGCAAACAGGCAUGUACGAUGGUGACCCGGCAACCAAUUUCCAUAGCAACGAAGACAACGACAAUGACGAGGAUGACGAUGACGACGAAGAUGACGAUACGACUGAUGAUUCCGACGAUGAUUCUUCGGAUGAAGAUGAUACACCUAUAUGCACCAAUUGUGGAGCAACAUCUACACCUUUAUGGCGAAGAUCACCCGAAGAUGAAUUACUUUGCAAUGCUUGUGGUCUUUAUCAAAAGCUGCACAAUGCCCCACGACCCCAAUCACUCAAGACGAAUACGCGUAAAGAGACAAAGGACGAUUCCAAGCUCAAAUGUUCCAAUUGUUCCACCACCAACACACCCCUUUGGAGACGUGAUCAUGAAGGUGCUCCCGUAUGCAAUGCAUGUGGAUUAUAUCUGAAAUUGCAUCAAGAAAAACGACCCCUAUCGAUGAAGAGUGACACGAUCAAGAAACGACAGCGAUACGAAGGGCAAAAGGGGAAGAAGAAGAAGAAAAAGAAAAAAGACAAGUUGAAAAAGAAGAAAAAGAGACAAAAACGUGAUAUUCUUAUGGAAGAGGCGAAUCGAGGCAAGGUGGCCUAUUCACCGACACCACCCGCUUCAUCAAUACCGGCUUCACCCCAUUCUGGAUUACAACAGCCAUCCAGUAUCAUGACAUCCACGACACAAUUGAUGCUCAACUUGCAGCAAGCGACCAUGGCAACACAAAACGCCUCUUUUCCUCAUCAUUAUCCACACCACGAUCCAUCCUCACCCUUCUACAACCAGCCUCCAUUUACAUUUUCACCGACGACGAACGGCGGUACACCCUCUUCUGAUAACGGAGCAACCAUGUGCGAUGGUAGUUGUAUAGCAGGUAUGGGUGCUGCUGAUUAUUAA